GCUUGUGGGUCCAAUUUCCUGGAACCUGCCCCCGCAGGGGUGGGCCAUCAGGCAGUUACUAAUCUGUUCCCCCUGCCUCCCAAGCUCACAGAAGACAGCACUGGGCUGAGAUGAAGACCCGGACCUGCAGCCUGCUGCCUGUCCUGCUGGUGCUGCUGGCCGCCCUCCAGGCCGCCUCGGCCCAAAAGAAUGGCAUCGACAUCUACAGCCUCACCGUGGACUCCAAGGUCUCCUCCCGGUUCGCCCACACGGUCAUCACCAGCCGGGUGGUCAACAAGGCCGACACGGUGCAGGAGGCCACCUUCCAGAUGGAGCUGCCCAAGAGAGCCUUCAUCACCAACUUCUCCAUGACCAUCGAUGGUGUGACCUACCCCGGGAACAUCAAGGACAAGGCCGCCGCCCAGGAGCAGUAUAGCGCGGCUGUGAGCCGGGGCCAGAGCGCCGGCCUGGUCAAGAGCCCCGGCCACGAGGACCCAGCGGCCCCUGCUCUCCCCCAGAUGGACAUUCACAUCUUCGAGCCGCAGGGCAUCAGACUCCUGGAAACAGAGAGCACCUUCCUGACCAACGAGCUGGCCGAGGCCCUGACCACCACCCAGAGCGACACCAAGGCUCACAUCCUGUUCAAGCCCACGCUCGCCCAGCAGCAGAAGUCCCCUGAGCAGCAGGAGACAGCGCUGGAUGGCAGCUUCAUCGUCCACUACGACGUGAACCGGACCCUCUCGGGGGGCUCCAUUCAGGUGGAGAAUGGCUACUUCGUGCACUACUUUGCCCCCGAGGGGCUGACCGCCAUGGCCAAGAACGUGGUCUUUGUCAUUGACAAGAGCGGCUCCAUGAGCGGCAGGAAGAUCCAGCAGACCCGGGAAGCCCUGGUCAAGAUCCUGGACGACCUCCGCCCCCAGGACCAGUUCAACCUCAUUGUCUUCAGCAGCGAGGCCAGCCCCUGGAGGCCCCUGCUGGUGCCAGCCUCAGCCGAGAACGUGGACGAGGCCAAGCGCUAUGCAGCUGGCAUCCAGGCCCAUGGAGGGACCAACAUCAACGGCGCCAUGAUGAUGGCCGUGGAGCUGCUGGACAGCAGCAACCAGAAGGAGCAGCUGCCCGCGGGGAGCGUGUCCCUCAUCAUCCUGCUGACCGACGGGGACCCCACCGUGGGCGAGACCAACCCUUCCAAGAUUCAGGAGAAUGUCCGGGAGGCCGUGGGCGGCCAGUACAGCCUCUUUUGCCUGGGCUUCGGCUUCGACGUGAGCUACUCCUUCCUGGAGAAGCUGGCGCUGGACAACGGGGGGCUGGUGCGGCGCAUCUACCAGGACUCCGACUCUGCCCUGCAGCUGCAGGACUUCUACCAGGAGGUGGCCAACCCACUGCUGACGUCGGUGGCCUUCGAGUAUCCAGGCAGCGCCGUGGAGAUGGUCACUCGGGAGAAUUUCCGGCUCUUCUUCAAGGGCUCUGAGAUGGUGGUGGCCGGAAAACUCAGGGGCCAGGGGCCUGCAGUCCUCUCGGCCCAAGUCACAGGGCGGGUGCACAAGCAGAAUUUCACCUUCCAGACGGAGUCCAACGUGGCCCAGGAGGAGGAGACGUUCCGGGGCCCCAAGUACAUCUUCCACAGCUUCAUGGAGCGGCUCUGGGCCUACCUCACCAUCCAGCAACUGCUGGAGGACCUAGUUUCUGCAUCCGAUGCUGAGCGGCCAGCCCUGGAGCAGAAGGCUCUGAACUUGUCCCUGCACUACAGCUUUGUCACACCGCUCACCUCCAUGGUGGUCACCAAGCCCGAAGGCCAGGAACAGUCCCAGGUGGCUGAGAAGCCCAAGGAAGAUGAAGACAACAGACACAUGCAUCAUUUCUAUUCAAGACUACAUCUGGUCCCAGGAUCCGCCUUAGGUGCCGGACCGGGCCAGGCCCAGAGAGGAGGAAGCAGAUUUAGAGUGAAAGGGAGCGCCGGAGGCCACUACCCCGAGACUCUCUCUGCUGUCAGAACAAGAAAGAAAGUUGGCUGGAGAGUCUUCGCCGGCCUUCCCACCAUGUCCGGAGACCCCAGGCUUCCUGGUGCUGCUGUUGUGCUGGCCGCCGAACCCCCAGACAUGGACACACUGAGGGUGCCGGACUACUUCGGGCUGAGCUCUUUGAUUAAGCCAAGCGGGCUCCCACGGUCCGUGUCCGUUUCAGCUUCACCAGGCGCAGAAGCCCCGACCCCAGCCCCCCUGCAGGCUCCUGACGCCAUCCUGCCACUGCCCGGGCAGAGUGUGCACCCACUCUGCGUGGACCUCAAGCACGCCCAGGGACCUGUGCACCUGCUGUCCGACCCUGACCAAGGGCUGGAAGUGACCGGUCAGUUUGAGAAGACACAUUUCUCGUGGAUCGAAGUGACCUUCAAGAACCCCAAGGUGUGUGUCCAUGUGUCCCCUGAGCACGUCAUGGUGACCCGGGACCAAGGAAGCUCUGCCCACCAGUGGAAGAAAACGCUGUUCACGACGAUGCCCGGGCUCAAGAUGACCAUGGAUAGGACCGGCCUCCUGCUGCUCACCAGUCCCAACAAAGUGACCCUCGGGCUGAUGUCCUGGGAGGGCCCUGGGGCAGGCCUCCGGCUCCUUCUGCGGGACACCGACCGCUUCUCCAGCCACGUCAGCGGGACCCUCGGCCAAUUCUACCAGAACGUGCUCUGGAAGCCCGAAGCUGCCGAGGACGGCAAGGGAACACUGACCGUCCAGGGGACUGACCACCCUGCCACCAGGGAGCUCAAGCUGGACUACCAACAGGGGCCUCCAGGAGCCGAGAUGUCCUGCUGGUCUGUGGUGCUGUAGCCCGGAGUGGAGGAGCCAGGCCCCACCCACAGCCCAUCCUGCCCCUGGGAGCCAGGGGUCAUCACCGGCCACCUAGCAGACAGUGUCAGGGGUUUCCCCCUGCGGCCACAGGGCCCCCUGUGGGCCUACACUGCGAUGAGGAGGGUUCCCAAGAGUCGUAAAUAAAUAAAAAACAUAGUGUGA